AUGGCGACAGUAGAAGACUCGCCUGUAAGCUCUGCCAAGCUGACGGAGCUGGGUAAGGCUCUGGACCAGACGUCUAUAUCCAAUGUCAAUGGUAAUAUAUCGCCCGCCGCUUCGCACGAGGCGCCCAGCAGUGAGGUGGACAUGGACGCCACCGAAAUGCCUAGCACUCCUGCACCCAAACUGCCAGCCAAGAGCCCCAAGAAGCGCGGGCGUACCGAUAGUUUAAAGAAGAUGCUGCCAGCACCAGCUUCGCAGCGUCAUAAGCAAGUGACGAGCUCUCCACAGUCUUCAAUGCAAGGAAGCAGCGGCACGGAAGAGGAACCGUCAGCGUCGCCGGCCCCGUCGUGUGACACUCCACCACAGGCACAGUCGCAGCAGCGUCCACACACUCAGCCAGCGAAAUUGAUGGUGAAAGAUCGGAGAGGCAGCGGCAUGGGCGUCCCACGAGCGCAUUUGAUUCUCAACGCAGUGAAGCAGGCGCCGCCAGCGAAGGAAAAAUCGAAUCCGAGACGGUGGUCGAAGCACGAGGACGAGUCGCUGAGGUUGGCGGUCGAGCGGAGUGGCGAGCGCAACUGGAAAGCCAUUGCCGACCAGGUGCCUGGACGGAAUCACACGCAGUGUCUGCAGAGGUGGACGAAAGUGCUCAAGCCAGGCUUGAUCAAGGGCCACUGGACCCCGGAAGAAGACGGUAAACUGCGGGAACUGGUGGCGGAAGGCAAAAAGAACUGGGGACAAGUAGCCUCGCUCAUUCCUGGACGAACAUCUUACACGGAGGAUGAAGACAAGAUUAUCGUCGAAAUGCAAGCUAAACUAGGCAAUCGCUGGUCCAUUAUCGCUCAGCAGCUCAAGGGCCGAACCGAAGACGCUGUUAAAAUUCGCUGGAAAUCAUUAAUGCGCGGACGACGCGCUGCAUCCAAAGAAGAUAAAACACCUGCAGCAGCUGCUGUGAGCACCGCAUCAUCUUCUCCUGCCGACGUCGAGCGGCCCCAAGCUAAACCUGCUAAAGCCAGCCCGGUCCAGCAAAAGAAUCGUACCCCCGUCACCACAGCAGAGACAGGCCACAACCCGACUGUGAAAAAUGAGCGGCAAGUCGCAGCAGAAAGCAAACCGGUGGUCGAUGCAGCAGUAGGGAGCAUGCCAACUACCGUUUUUGUCAAGAAUCAAUCAAUGUCGCACCCAGAUAUGGCAGCAGCGAUGGGAGCCCCCGUGAAUUCGCUACACAACGUGAGUGACCUGGUGGCCGCGUCAAUUCACAACUUCCAGAUGAGUCAGCGCUUCCAUCCGAACUCGGCGGCGCAUCCCGGCAAUGCCAGUUACCCUGGCAAUCCGAAUCAAUUGGUGACGGGUAUUGCACCUGGCAACCAGCAACCGCCUGGUGUGUAUGGCAUGGCUGAUGGGGGAUUUAACGUGAACAUCCAGCAACAAAUGCUACUACAGCAGCAUCCGUCGCAGCAUAUUCAGCACCAGCAAGUACCACCAGCAUACCAGUAUCCUCAGGGAUACACCAUGCAGCAGCAAAGUAUGGGGGUGAUGCCAAACUACGGAGUGCCCACCAACUUCUCGGCGUCAAACCAAAUGCAGAUGCAGAUGCAGAUGCCCAUGCCGGUAUCAUCUUCAAUGCAGCAGUCGAUAUCGAUGCCUCCGACACCUACGUACUCGUCUCAGGCAAUGGCGAUGGCAAUGGCGAACGCACAGUAUCAGCAGCACCAGCAGCAUCAGCAGCAUCCUCCUCCUGUGCACCAAGGCUUCAGCGGUGCACCGCUUCACCCGCGUGUUGCAUCGCUGGGUACGCCUUCCGGGACGUCGUCUAUGAUCCUUCCCACAAGUAGCGGUGCCAGCAACACUUCCAAUGGCAUUGGAUCCAAUGCUGGUCUUCCUCCGUCGUCAGCUGCAGCAGCCGCAGGAGGGAAAGCUCUGAACACUCCACGGGAAGAAUGGGGUUCUUCACAGACUCCGCGGUCUCAGAUGAUUAUGACGGAAGGCCACGCAUCAGCAUACGAGCUGUUCCAUCAGCAACGCCUUCGACUAAUGUUACAGGAGCGCGAUAAGCAGGGGAUGUCACUAUCAUCGGCUCCAUCUCCGGGUCAAGCGCUGCUCACAAAAGAACUGGAAGCCAACAAGGAGCGACAAGCUCGACAGGCGAUCAUGCAGAAGGGCUGGAAGAGUGCCGUCGAGUCGAUGGUCUCUUUCAACAGUGUCAGCGAUUUAUCAACUCUGGACGAUCAGCAACGAUGA